UGACAAUACAGUCUGCAACCUCUUGAGAAUUCAUUUUCCCAAUUCAAAACUGUAUUAAAUGGCCGCUACACUUGUCCCCAGCGUGAAUAUUGUUCAUAAAGUUCUAAACCAAGAUAAUUAUGAACUCUGGAGUUUGCGGGUGAAAACCUAUCUGGUAGCCAGAGAUCUUUGGAGCAUAGUGAAACCCACAAAUGAACCUCCGAAACUAGAAGACAAUGAAGUCGAAUUCCAGGUCUGGAGCAACAGAAACGCAGAGGCUUUACAUGCCAUCCAUAUAUGUUGCGGGGAUGAUAUGUUUCCUUUUGUCAGUGGCCUUGACACGGCCAAAGCUGCCUGGGAUAGUUUGGAAGCUAAGUUCAAGCAGUCAACUAUAUCCCAAAUUCCAGAUGAGAGAUCUAUUCCCGGUGCAGUUGGUGCUGGUGAUGCGCCUAGUUCCGCAGAGACGCCGCCAGUGCCCUUGAUGACAGUUGAAGACUUCAGGAGAGAGUUCAAUAGUGAUCCAGGUGAUGAUACAGAGAUCGAACUUAUUCUCAGAGUCAUGCAACCACUGAUCCCUGAGUACGGCUUUCGCAAUGCAUUCUUCAUUGUUCUUGCAAGAACUGGUUCUUUAGAUGGAGUACAAAAGAUUCUUAAUAUUUCUCCAGACGUAAUUAAAGCAAGAAGUUUGUCGACAGGCCAGACAGCUCUUCACGGUGCCGUUUAUGGAGGGCAGGUACAGGUGGUGAAAAUGUUGGUGGAGUUUAUGUCAGCAGAAGACUUAGAAUUACUAGGAAAUGGUAAGACAGCUUUGAUUUCAGCUGCACAAAUGGGAUUUGUUCAAAUGGCUAAAUGCAUGGUUGAGAAGAAUGAGAGACUAGUAACCAUCAGAUGUGCUAGCAACAAUAUGCUUCCGAUCCAUUUCGCUGUUUAUGCCGAGAAAUGGGAAAUGGUUCGUUAUCUGUACCCUCUUACCCCAAUUGAAGCUCUAACGCAAGAAGAUAAUGGCCGCUCUGGGGCUCAAAUUAUGUCUAGCUGUUUUUACUCGCAUCAACUUGAUGUUGCUUUGGAUUUGAUUCGUCGAUGCCCAAACUUAGCUUUUGCUGAGAACUACAAUGGAGAGUCUAAUUUAUACAUCUUGACUAGUAUGCGUUCUCUGUUCUUAACCGGAUCGCGCAUCGGACCCUGGCAAAAGUUGAUCUAUAACAGUAUACAAAUACAACCUUCAGCUUCUGAUGGCAGUGAUAUUUCUACAAAUGUUGUAAAUACAGAAGAUGAUCAGGGUACCAAGAGAAAUAUCAUAAUUCACUCAGUUAAGGGUUGCUACCAAAGACUCAUGACCAGUAUCCUUGAGAUAUUAGGAGUCAAUCACAUUCGCCAAAAAAAGUUGGUCCAUAUUCGAACUCUGGAAAUUUUACAACUCAUGUCCCAAGCGACAAGAGAUUUAACUCUUGAACAAAUGCAAGGGGGCGUUGUCCAAAAAGCGAUCCUUCAAGCAAUAGAGCGGGGGAAUGUUGAGUUUGUCAGGAUGAUGUCUGACGCGAAUUUCUUAAUAUACAUGCUCUCUGAUGGAAAGGGAAAACAACUACUUCACUAUUCCAUCGAGUGUCGUCAAGAGGAAAUAUAUUGCCUUCUAUCUGGAUCAAUUCCGAGACAUGCUAGAGAACAGAAUAUUGUAAAUGGAGGUGACAAGUUAGGCAACACUAUACUACAUUCAGCAGGAUCUUUAUCCCCCAUUGCAAUUGCACAUCUUAAUCAAAUUCAAGGUGCCGCGUUGCAGUUACAGAGAGAACUACAAUGGUUCAAGGAGGUAGAGAGUAUUGUACCACCGAAGGUUCAUGAAAUGGUAAAUUAUCAAGAUCGUAUGACAGCUCGUGAAUUGUUUACUAAAAACCACAAGGAAAUGCUUAGUGAUGGAGAAAGGCAAAUGAAAGAGAUAGCGACAUCAUCGACAGUUGUAGGGGCUUUGAUAGUUACAAUGAUGUUUGCUUCAGCAUUCACGGUCCCUGGUGGAACUAAUGGAGAUACAGGCAUGCCUGUGUUUAAAAGUCGGAAGAUGUUUACAGUCUUUAUAGUUUCCAAUUCGGUAUCACUUUUUGCCUCCACAACUUCGAUAGUGAUAUUCUUGGGAAUCUUGACAUCACGUUAUGCAGAAGACGAUUUUAUCAAGUCAUUGCCAACAAAAUUAGUAAUGGGUCUUUCCACCCUUUUCUUCUCCAUUGCUUCUAUGAUGGUGGCCUUUGUUUCUGCCAAUAUCAUAAUGCUAGAAACAAGAUGGAUCAUUAUUCUAGUUGUUCUGCUUGCCGCUAUUCCAAUUACCUCAUUUGCAUGGAUGCAAUUUCCCCUACUUGUUGAGAUUUCCAUAUCUACUUUUGGAAGAGGAGUAUUUCACAAUAAAGUGGAACUUUGGUAGGUAUGCUCUCGUAGUGACAAUGAUGUUUAUAUUACUAAUAGUGUCAACAAAACCUAUAAUAUGUUUUCUUUUCACAAUAUAUAAACCAAAAGCUGCUAUGAUUUGUAU